CUUGCUAAGUAGAACAUACAAUUCAUUUUUUUUUCUCUCUCUAAAACAGUUUUUGCCCAUCUUUCAAACUCCUCCGCCAAAAAAAAAAAAACUCCUUUCCUUCUCAUUAGGGUUUCGUUUGAAAAAAAAGAAAAGAACAAGUAUUGAUUGAUAUGUAUGUGUGUUGGGUGUAGUAUUGCUAGAUCUGAAAGAAGUUAUGCAAUCAGAUUAUGCAAUGGGUGGGAUCCAUCAAGAGUCUUCACAAAUGGAAGAGCAGCCUAGAUUCAUGGUGGAAAAUAAUGCUUCAACUUCUUCACCAUUUUACACAAUAAACCCAAACUAUCACUUCCCUCAGUCUCAUUCUAUUCUCCAACAAAUCAACAGUUUACCGAUUACUCAACAUUUUUUCCCUUAUCAACAUCCUCAUUACAGAUCUAUGUCAGAAGAAAUAAGAGUAGAUCAGUCUCAGACGGCGGAGUUAGUGGCUUUUCCUGCAAGUGAAAUAAGAGGAGAAGAAGAUGCUUUGAUUCGUGGGAGUGAGCGAUACUGUACACAGCCUCGACAAACUUGUGUAGCUGUUUGGCAAAACCAAGAAGAUUCUGCUAUGAAACAACCUGUUUGGAAAGGAGAAUAUUCAAAUGGAAAUGCAAUUGAGAAGAACAAACAAGAAGAAGAUGAGGAAUUGUAUAGUUUAGAAGAAACUAAUACACCUAGAGUAGUAUUCGGAGAGUUAGAAGCUAUUUGUAUUCGUGGAAUUGCAUCUGAAUCUGUUCUCACUGCUGAUGAUUUGCCAACCAACCACAAUGUCACUUUUCCUGAAGCCAUGGUUAACAAAAUCGAUACUAUGGGUAAAUUUCAUAAAAGGAAGAGAGGGAAAGAUGAAUGGGGAAGAUUUUUCAAGUCGUUAGUGAAGAAACUGGCGAACCACCAAGAAGAUCUACAAAGAAGUUUGAUGGAAACAAUGGAGAGAUUAGAUCAAGAAAGAAAACAAAGAGAAGAAUUAUGGAGAGAGAAAGAAUUAGAAAAACUCCAAAAUGAAGAAGCUGCUAGAGCCCAUGAAAGAAGAUUGGCUUCAACUAGAGAAGCUGCUCUUGUGUCUUGCUUAGAAAAACUCACAGGUCAGAAAAUUGAUUUUCAAACAUUCAAAAUAAAGGAAGAAGAAAAUAAAUCGAACUUGCCUCAACCUGAGAUAACAAGUAAGUAUGGAAAGAAAUAAGUAAGUCAAUGUCUGCAAUGGGAUAUUAUGAGAAGAGAAAUGCCACAAGAUGCAAAGAGAAGUGGGACAAUAUGCACAAGUGUAGUAUCAAGAAAAGAAAACAAGAAAUCACAAGGGAACAGUUGAGAAUAGUUGUACUCAAUGAAAUGAUACUAAUAUUAAUGGCGAUGAAAACAGAAGUAACAAACAACAACAAUGAGUGAUAAGCUUAUAAGAACAUCACUGGUUACUUUCUUCUUUUAUUAUUGUUUAUUUUCUCAUUUCUUUUUCAUGUAUUUGUUCAUCCUGUCAUUUCCUUUUCUUCCAACAAUGAUAUCACUUCCCAUGUCGUUUUUCAUACUA